UGAGGGACCAUCUCCUGCAAGAAUAAAAAGAUUCAUCAAGCGAAGAGUACCCUGCAAAACGACCCGCAGCUUUGGUGGUUUGCGAACGCUGAAAAUUCAGUCUAAAAUGUAGCCACCAGCGUUAGUGAGGGUCGUUGUAAUUUCUCGGGGGGCUGCAUGGCUCUUCCCAGGGAUGCCAUGAAAAUCAGAGCAGCCGAGUGACUGAGAGACCGCUGCUCCUCGCUAUCUCAGACACGGCGGUGACUGUGGCGGUGGUGAGCGAUGGAUACUCAUCGAAAGAUCUACAUAAGGUAGCGUUUACGAAGAUCCAGGGAGAGCUGAACGUCUCUGUCGCGCAGAGUAGUCACCGCCGGAGUUGUCUAAAGGAUGGAUUUCAGCCUGCUCCGGAAUAUCAUCAGCAGAUACUGUGUUGGGGAGGAGAACUGGGUGGACAGUCGGACUGUGUAUAUCGGGCAUAAAGAACCCCCUCCAGGAGCUGAGGCGUACAUCCCUCAGCGUUAUCCCGACAACCGCAUCGUGUCCUCCAAGUACACCUCCUGGAACUUCAUUCCCAAGAACCUGUUUGAACAGUUCAGAAGGAUCGCUAACUUUUACUUCUUGGUCAUAUUUUUGGUUCAGCUCAUCAUCGACACCCCCACCAGCCCAGUCACCAGUGGCCUGCCCCUCUUCUUUGUUAUUACGGUCACCGCUAUUAAGCAGGGCUACGAGGAUUGGCUCAGACACAAAGCUGACUGCUCUAUAAACGAGUGUCCGGUGGAUGUGGUGCAGCAGGGGAAGGUGGUGAGGACACAGAGUCACAAGCUACGGGUGGGGGACAUUGUUGUGGUGAGGGAAGAUGAGACUUUCCCCUGUGACCUCAUUCUUCUCUCCUCCAGCCGUCAUGAUGGGACCUGCUACGUCACCACCACCAGCCUGGAUGGGGAGUCUAGUCACAAGACCUAUUAUGCUAUACCAGAUACCAUGGCCUUUAGAACAGAGCAGGAGGUGGAUUCGCUACAUGCCACUAUUGAAUGUGAACAACCACAGCCUGACCUCUACAAAUUUGUGGGACGCAUUAAUAUUUACAAGGACAAAGAAGAGCCUGUGGCAAGACCACUUGGAGCUGAAAAUUUGCUCCUUAGAGGAGCCACACUGAAGAACACGCAGCAUAUUUACGCUGUUGCAGUCUACACUGGCAUGGAGACCAAGAUGGCACUUAAUUACCAGUCUAAAUCUCAGAAGCGCUCUGCUGUGGAAAAAUCAAUGAAUGCCUUCCUGAUAGUGUACUUGUGCAUCUUGAUCAGUAAAGCAGUAAUCAACACUGUCCUGAAGUACGCUUGGCAGUGGUCGCCUGAUCGAGAUGAACCCUGGUACAACCACAGGACCGAAAAUGAACGUCAGCGCCAUGUGGUGAUCCGAGCCUUCACAGACUUCCUGGCCUUCAUGGUUUUGUUCAAUUACAUCAUCCCCGUGUCUAUGUAUGUAACGGUGGAGAUGCAGAAAUUUCUUGGCUCCUAUUUCAUCAGCUGGGAUGAGGAGAUGUUUGACGAAGAGCUGGGAGAAGGUGCUCAGGUGAACACCUCCGACCUGAAUGAAGAGCUGGGGCAGGUGGAGUACGUGUUUACUGAUAAGACGGGCACCCUGACUGAGAACAACAUGGAGUUUAUUGAGUGCUGCGUUGAUGGGAACGUCUAUAUCCCACAUGCGAUCUGCAACGGCCAAAUCCUCAGUGCCGCAUCGAGUAUAGACAUGAUUGAUGCCUCACCUGGUGGAUACAGGAGAGAAUAUGAGGAUCUGUUUUUUCGGGCGCUGUGUCUGUGCCACACGGUGCAGGUGAAGGAGGAGGAGACAGUGGAUGGCAUCAAGAGGGGCAUCCACCAGGGUAGGCCCACCUCGUUCUACAUCUCUUCCUCGCCAGAUGAGGUGGCUUUGGUCGAAGGAAUGAAAAGGCUGGGUUACACAUAUCUAAGACUGAAAGACAACUACAUGGAGAUCCUCAACAAAGAUGACGAGAUUGAAAGAUUUGAACUGCUCCAUGUGCUGAACUUUGACUCUGUCAGGAGAAGAAUGAGUGUCAUAGUCAAGUCAAGCUCAGGAGACUACCUGCUGUUCUGCAAGGGUGCUGACUCAUCCAUUUUUCCGCGGGUGGUCUCCGGAAAGGUGGAACAAGUUAAAGCCCGGGUGGAACAAAAUGCAGUCGAGGGGCUGCGAACUCUGUGCGUCGCCUAUCGAAGGUUGUCAGAGUCUGAAUAUGAGGAGGCGUGUCAUCACCUGAUGGAAGCCAAACUGGCCCUGCAGGACAGGGAGCAGAGGCUGGCUCAGGCCUAUGACAUCAUUGAGAGAAACUUUGUUCUUUUGGGUGCUACAGCAGUGGAGGACAGGCUCCAGGAGAAAGCUGCAGACACCAUUGAGUCACUGCACAAGGCUGGGAUGAAAGUUUGGGUCCUGACGGGGGACAAGAUGGAGACGGCGGCAGCUACCUGCUACGCCAGCAAGCUGUUCCGUCGCAGCACCCAAAUCCUGGAGCUCACUAAGAAACGCACGGAAGAGCAGAAUCUUCACGAUGUUUUGUUUGAACUCAACAGGACUGUUCUCAGACAGCGCUCUAUCUCUGGGUUAUCAGUAGACUGCCUCGACUUCGGCCUCAUUAUCGAUGGGGCCACUCUAUCUGCAGUAUUAAAGCCCAACCAGGAAGGUGCAGGCCAUGGCAACUACAGAGAGAUCUUUCUAGAGAUCUGCCGCAACUGUAGCGCUGUGCUCUGCUGUCGCAUGGCACCUCUGCAGAAAGCACAGAUUGUAAAGCUGAUUAAAGCUUCCAAGGAGCACCCCAUUACCCUUGCUAUUGGCGAUGGAGCCAACGAUGUCAGCAUGAUCUUGGAAGCACAUGUGGGGAUUGGCAUCAUGGGUAAAGAAGGUAGACAGGCAGCGAGGAACAGUGACUAUGCCAUCCCGAAGUUUAAACACCUGAAGAAGAUGCUGCUGGUCCAUGGCCACUACUACUACAUCCGUAUUGCUGAGCUUGUUCAAUACUUCUUCUACAAGAAUGUAUGCUUCAUCUUCCCUCAGUUCCUCUAUCAGUUCUUCUGUGGAUUCUCCCAGCAGCCUCUGUACGACACGGCGUAUUUGACGCUGUACAACAUCAGCUUCACCUCACUCCCCAUUCUCCUGUACAGCCUGGUUGAGCAGCACGUCAGCAUGGAGACACUGAGGAGAGAGCCCUCUUUGUACAGGGACAUUGCAAAGAACUCCCUCCUCCGCUGGCCUGUCUUUCUGUACUGGACAUGCCUGGGUGUGUUUGAUGCUGUUGUCUUCUUCUUUGGUGCCUACUUCCUGUUUGACAACACCACCUUCACCAGCAAUGGCCAGAUGUUUGGGAACUGGACAUUUGGGACUCUCAUCUUUACUGUUCUGGUGUUCACUGUAACGCUAAAGCUUGCCUUGGACACACACCACUGGACCUGGAUCAAUCACUUUGUCAUCUGGGGGUCACUGCUUUUCUAUGUUAUUUUCUCUCUUCUCUGGGGUGGGAUCAUUUGGCCCUUCCUGAACUACCAGAGGAUGUACUACGUGUUUAUGCAGAUGCUGUCCAGCGGUCCGGCCUGGCUCAGCAUCAUCCUCCUUAUUACGGUCAGCUUGCUGCCAGAUGUCAUCAAGAAGGUCCUCUGCAGGGCCAUGUGUCCCACAGCCACUGAACGUGCACAGUCCUCCCGCCCGUGCCUUACCGUGGAACCGUCCACCAUCUUCAUGCUUUCUCAGUCCUCCAGCAGAAUGAGUUUCUGAUUGGGCCAGAGAGACAAGAGAGGCGCAGGAAGAGGAGGUGACGCUCUCUUUUAAGCCCUCAUCUCUGUUUGCAUGGUGGCAUGUCCCUGUAUAAACCAUACAGUACUGUCUCUGCACCUCGCCUAAUGUGAAACUAACUACUUGCCGGUGAUGUCGGCACAGCGCCUUGUUUGUAAGGUUACAUUUGUAGUAUCCUUUUCCUGCCAUUUUCAAGUCACCUUUUCAUUACAUAUUUCAUGUGUGUUGUUUCCCUUGAUAUAUUUGAAAUCUAUUUUGUUUGCACUAUUCCAACCAAUGUCACCUAUAUGUUGCCAAAAUGAUGGCGUAUCAUUGUUUUAAGGAUUUUUGUCAUAUUUCCUAAAACUGUUGAAUUUGACAGAAAUUUGCUUGUACCCACAGAUUGAAUGCACACUGUUUCCUGUAGUACAGACCAGGUUAUUGCAGUUGAGUAAUUACCGUAGUCAAAAAAUGAAUCGGUUAUCGGCUGUUGGGUAUUAAUAUUCAAAACAAACUCCACC